ACGGACUCGUUAUCAGCGCAGCUCAGCAGCUUCCAAAGCGGCUCUGCCCUUGGGGCUGGGCUGGAUAGCGAGGAGUUGACUAACGAAGCGAUUGGCACCUUUCCCACAGGCGUUCUUGUCUCUGAGGCAAGGUUUUUCGUUCGUAGUUUUCGAAGUGAAUCGUCUUACUAUUUUGACCGGGAUGAUGUGGCUCUGAAAAACUUUGCCAAGUACUUCCUGCAUCAGUCCCAUGAGGAACGUGAGCAUGCUGAGAAACUGAUGAAGCUACAGAAUCAGAGAGGUGGACGCAUCUUCUUGCAGGACAUCAAGAAGCCUGAUCGUGAUGACUGGGAGAAUGGGCUGACUGCAAUGGAGUGCGCCCUGCACCUGGAGAAGAAUGUGAACCAGUCACUGUUAGAACUGCACAAAUUGGCAACUGAAAAGAACGACCCACAUUUGUGUGACUUCAUUGAGACUCACUACCUGGAUGAGCAGGUGAAAGCCAUCAAAGAGCUGGGUGACCAUGUGACCAACCUGCGGAAGAUGGGGGCACCGAAAUAUGGCAUGGCGGAGUACCUCUUUGACAAGCACACCCUUGGGGACAGUGACAAUGACAGCUGAAGUCUUGCCAACAGCCACCCUGUGGGUUUCAGUGGAACUCCUACUUUACUGUCCAGCCAUGCAUGCAUCUUCAGCUAUCUAGAUAAACAGUUCUUACACUCUGUACCAAAUACCACCCCUCUUUUCUCUUGUGUUUCGUGUAUUGCCCUCCAUCCAAUAAAGUGACUUGGUUCCAGUUG